UUUUAUAAAAAUUUGAGGUGUGAGUGCAAAAAAUAGGAGUGUGGAUAGCAAUAUUGAAGAACUAAUUAAUAGUUUGGAAGAACCGAGCUGGAAUGUUCCCCUGAAAUCAGAAAAGCAAAUUAGCCGGGCUGAUCAUGAUUGAACGGUUGUUGUGUGUAGUGUAAUCCAUCUUCUUAAAUCUCAAAUAUAACAACCAACCGCUCUCUCUCUCUCUCUCUCUCUCUCUCUCUCUCUCUCUCAAGUCGAAGUUUUCAGUGAGAAACAAAUGGAAGAUGGAAAUGGGUUGAAGCCAAUGGACGCUGAGCAACUGAGAGAGCAGGCUCAUAAGAUGGUUGACUUCAUUGCUGAUUACUACAAAACCAUCGAAAAUUUCCCUGUUCUCAGCCAAGUCCAGCCAGGUUAUCUUGGGAAGCUACUACCGGAUUCUGCUCCUACUUACCCUGAGUCAUUGGACCAUGUUUUGAAGGAUGUACAGGAAAAGAUACUACCGGGGGUGACACAUUGGCAAAGCCCUAAUUAUUUUGCAUAUUUUCCUUCCAAUAGUAGCAUUGCUGGUUUUUUAGGAGAGAUGCUUAGUGCUGGUCUCAACAUUGUUGGUUUCAGCUGGAUAACUUCUCCUGCAGCAACUGAACUUGAAACAAUCGUCCUGGACUGGCUUGCCAAAGCACUCCAGUUGCCUCAUGAUUUCUUUUCUACUGGGAAAGGGGGUGGAGUUAUACAGGGAACAGCAAGUGAAGCUGUACUAGUUGUCUUGUUGGCUGCGCGUGACAAAAUCCUAAGGAGGGUUGGAAGGAGUUCCCUUCCUAAGCUUGUGACAUAUGCAUCUGACCAAACACACUCUGCUUUACAAAAAGCCUGCCAGAUAGGAGGACUUAAUCCAGAGCUUUGCAGGUUGCUUAAAACCGAUUCUUCCACAAAUUUUGCACUAUCCCCUGAUGUACUUUCUGAAGCAAUUUCAAAUGACAUUGCCAGUGGUCUUAUACCCUUCUUCUUAUGUGCUAAUGUUGGUACUACUUCAUCAACAGCUGUUGAUCCUCUACCUGCAUUGGCGAAAGUCACUAGGGCCAACAAAAUCUGGUUUCAUGUGGAUGCUGCUUAUGCUGGAAGUGCUUGUAUAUGUCCAGAGUACCGCCACUUCAUUGAUGGGGUUGAUGAAGUAGAUUCAUUUAACAUGAAUGCGCAUAAAUGGUUCCUUACUAACUUUGACUGUUCACUACUUUGGGUUAAGGACAGGACUGCUCUGAUUGACUCACUGUCUACAAAUCCUGAAUUUCUGAAAAAUAAGGCCUCUCAAGGAAACUUGGUCAUAGAUUACAAAGAUUGGCAAAUUCCUCUUGGGCGUCGCUUUAGAUCAUUAAAAUUGUGGAUGGUGUUGCGACUCUAUGGAUUGGAAGGCCUGCAAACUCACAUAAGGAACCACAUUGCAAUGGCUGCUUAUUUUGAGGAGCUUGUUGGUCAAGACACAAGAUUCAAGCUUGCUGCGCCUCGAACAUUCUCUUUAGUUUGUUUUCGGCUUUUGCCUCCCCCAAACUCUGAAGAUAAUGGCAAUAAACUGAAUCAUGAUCUACUUGACUCAGUAAAUGCAACGGGAAGUAUUUUCAUAACACACACGGUUCUAGCAGGUGAGUUCAUUUUACGUUUUGCAGUAGGAGCACCAUUGACAGAAGUGAGGCAUGUCAAUGUAGCAUGGCAGAUUUUGCAAGAAAAAGCCACUGCUCUAUUAGUGAGUUCAUAGGAUGGAUGAAUCUGCUCUUGCAGCAUCUACCAUUGCUUUUUGAGGCAUCCUCAGUUUCAAAUGUCUGCAUUCAUUUGUGUAGAAAAUAUUAUAGAACUCAGAGCAUGUUUAAUCUAAUCAAAUGACGCUUCUUUUAUAGGGGAGGGUAUAAAGUCUAUACCAUAAAUUAAUGAGUGAUUUUAGGAAUAAUCAAUUAUGAGUUCCUUGUGGCCAGAGAUUCAAAGCAUUGCUAAUAAUCAAAUUGAGCACAAUCCAUUAAGUUAGUAAA